AUGAACCGGAUGGAUCUCAAAAGUUCUGAUGUAAAUGGAAACUGUAAAUUCAAGUAUAUUAUAAUUUUUACAGGCUCUAAGAACAAAGAAAAAACAGCUAUUAGAAACGCGAAACAACAUAAACGCAUUGAAAGAGGAAAUUCGAGAGCAGGUCGAUCUAUUGGAAAAGAUGGUGAGCUACCAAGGCAUUGAAUAUUGAAAUAUGCUUAUCUUCAGGAAAACCGAAUUAAAAAAGGUAUCAACAGCGAUUUCUCUCUGAUGGAUCGACGCUGUAGAGACAUGGAAGAAAUUGUGAAAAAACAAGAAGAAAAGAUCAAAAAUGUGAUUUCAAUCUUUUAAUUGUAACUUUCAACUUUCUUCUUCCAGACGCUCGAAGAACGAACGGAAGUUUUGAAACAUCACUUGCGCCAACAAGAAAAACUUGACAGAUUGUUCGCCAUCAUCUACAAUUUUUUGUCUCAGGUUUCAUUCAUUUUACUGAUUAAAGAAAACGAAAUCUUGCAGUCCCAAGAACAACAGAAGGGGAAAAACGCGAUGCUUCUAUUUCUGCGUUUUCAAUUAGCUUACACCGAAAUUGUGGAGCGUUUAAAAGAAAAUGGGGCUGCAACUGCUUUUAUUCAAAAAAUUGAUGAUCAGGUAUAUUACCUCUUCGAAUCGUUCACUCUAUGGAAAACUUUACUCUUUCCGCUUUUGUUCAAAGAGAGAUAAGUCAUCGUGAAGGUCAUGCGAUGAUUUCGGUUGUUUGAUAGGGAACGUUUUGUUAUCACUGAUAGCAAGACGUUUUAGAUUUAUUAAACUGUACUGGGAGUACAUGUGAGAGACCGGACUGGGAAGAAGGAGAAGGUCUGUUUAGACUGAUAGUUCAAUACUUUCAGAUAGUUGCUGAGAAACAACAAAAGUCAACGGAACUUCAAAGCAACAUUGAUCAGGACAUUCGAGAAAUAGAGAUGGAGAACGAUUCGUUGAUAAAAACGAUUACCGAGCUCAAACAAAAGUCGAUUUCCGUUGCUUAAACCUGUCUUAUAUGAAGUAUUAUUUGUGCUUAGUCAUUAGCCUCUUAGCUGAUUCCAGUCUUCUUUUUAUGACAUUCUUGUUAACUUCAGCCUUUCUAUUGGUAGGACUCACUCUCCCCUCCUGGGUGGGUGCAUUUCAACUCUAAGCUGCUACUUCUUUGGGAAUACGCCUGAGAACCCAUUUACCAUUUCAUUUCUAACCAAAUAACAGUGCUUGUUUUCACAGAACUCUGUCUUCGCUACAUUUCUCUAUUCAUUGGACUCAUAAAUAACUUUUCUCAAACUUAAAUCUUUUCUAUCGAAUACUUUUUGACAGUGUUAGCCAAUUGAUUGUCAUGCACCUUCCAUGCUACGCAGCUGUCAUGUUGGGUGAGUUCCUACAUUUUUUCAUUAUCACAUCGGUCAUUUUUUAAUUGUUGUCAUUUGGCACAAUACUGCUUCCUGCUAUCUGACGGGACAUCUGUAUUGUGUUUGCCGUCAUAGUGUUGCUGAGAAAGCUACACCAAUAAAUGAUUCAUUCUGCUUUUCCCAUUAUUUCCGAUAUUUUUUGUAAGAUUUUUUUACAUAAAUAUGAUUUGUGAGAGUUUCUUUCAACAGAAAAACAGAAAUGAAUAAAUUGGAGCGGAAAUAGAUUUUGCAAUUUCAAAACAAAACUUGUCUUACUUUAUGGAAAAAAAAGAAGAUGUAUGGCAGCUAUACCACAAUCAAAACAAAAAAAAGUUUUUUUCAACGAUUUCAUAAAGUCUGCUUUUUUUACAAAUUUUCUGAGCCUGUAUUUCUGGUUUCCACUUCAGAGGAGUAAUAUGGAUGGGAAAUUCUGAAAAAUCUCUAUAAAAAUGACGAAAUUUAGGAAAAAAAGUUUAAAAAUUUGAAAAAAAUGAAAUAAAACGAAGUUGGAUGUCAAAAAUCAACCAAAAAAACUUGAUUUAUUUACUUUUUUUCUUGUGGGGUUCUACUCGAAAAAAAUUUUUUUCAGUAAAUCUUGAACGUCAAUUACAUGUGGAAGUGGUUUAUCGAGUUAUGUGACGAGUGGGCGAGUUUCAUGUGCAUAGUUUUAUCACUUUGAAGCCAGCGGAGGCACAUUUGAGAUAGGAGACUGCGAAACUGAUAUUUGGGCGUCUCCCUCCGUCCGACCGAACUUGAUGAUUAUCCACGUAAUUUUUCGAACUGUAUUUUCAUUUUAAAUAAUUAUUUGAUAUUUUGCUCAAAUUUUAUAAAUAACAAUUUUUUUGCUUGCCGCCUCUAAAGUGUUUUAAUAACGCUGAAUUUGAAACCUUGCAAAGAAAUUUUCAAGCUGAAAUUCACAUUUUGUCUUUUGAUGAAUUCUUUCUCGAUAUUUUUUUUUUGGAAUUCUUCAAUUUUUCUUGUUCAUUGUUCUAUUUUUUCGGCACUCCACAAUAAAGUCAAAUAGUCAGAAAAAGAGAAGUGUUAGAAAUAUUUUGACUAUGCCUCUAUGCACCUUAUAUCUUAAAUAAAAACGUUUUAUUUCCAUCUUUUUGCUUUCCAGCCGAAUUGUGGUUCACAAUCAGAAUUUUUCUAAGUCUAUUUUCAACAUUUUUUUUUAUUUUAGUUUCAUCACAAACAUGCACGCACCUUAGUUUUUGUCAACUUUCUAUUUUUUGAACUUGCACUAUUUUGUUUGAGGUCCAUGCGGCUCAUUUUAUUGCUGAAUGCACUGAGCGUGGUAUGGGCAAGUGAAAACUGGGAUAACUUUUGGAAAGAUGAAGAAACGUUCUACGGUAGUUUUUCUUUUCAUUAUUUUUCAAUCAUGAAUUUUUCUGUUGCAGAUUUUUCUGCCGCCACUCAGCAAAUCAAAUGCGCACACGAUGGAUUUUUGAACUCAGCGAACUCUAGUUGCACAUGCCUUCCGGAUUUCUCAAACUCUGACUGUGGACGCCGAGUUUGUAAUAAUUUUGGCAUUCCGGCUCCCAUUGGUUCAAUUUCGCCCACUCAUUGCACAUGUCCACCUGCUUUCUUAGGAACUAAUUGUGAACCCGGUAAGAACUUUUUUUUUCAAGAUUAUGUGAUGGAAAAAUAUUAAGUGAAAUGCAUACCUGAUAAUAGUAACUCUUUAUCCGCACGGAAGGAAGAAAAAACCAUUUCUCUGCUGGUCACUUACAACGAGAGGAUGAAAGAAUUUUGGGAUACGGGUAAAGAAGAACUGUUCGAACUUAUCUGCGAGAUCGGUCAGGGAUAUUAUCGGAAUUUUGUGAUGUCCGAAACUGCAACGAUUGUGGUGAGUUUUCAAACUGCAACUAAGGUGGAAUUUUAGAAAAAUUUGGAUUAUUCUCUUCACAUUUUCACCUAUUUUCACGUUUUUUACAUGUUCGCUAUUUAUAAGGGUCGUUUUAUAUGCAUAUGAACAAAAUGUGAAGGAGCAAGGGAGAAAUGAAACGAUUUUGAUCAAUUAGAAUUACGAAUUCAUUCACCAGAAAGCUUCUCGGAAUUGAACCGUCUAAGCUGGAUGAACUUGAGCAGAAUUCAUGAGACACCUUUGCGUAGAAGCCAAAAAGCGUCAAAAUAGUGCAUAAAAUGGAAAAUAGCCACAGUAUUAAUUUUUUUCGUGUGUUUCAAAUAAAAAAAUCUUUCUUUAAUUUUAUUGAAAACAUUUUCAGGAUCCCACGGCGGAUAAAGACCAAUGCAAACAAAGCAUUGAAGACACUUUCGUUUACGAACUCAUCGACCCUUGUCAGCCAACUUGUAAGAAUGUGGACGCUUCGGAAAUUCAAAAUUUGAUCUCGAAAACCGCCCCCAACAGCAUAGUGGGACAUACUUAUCUGAAACUGCCACAUUUUUCUGCUAGGCUUACAUUGUCACAAACGUCAACGUAACGGGAGUGACGCCGGAAAUGCAAGAAAAGAUUUGGUCAGCAGCCAUCGCAAACAGAAUUCAGGUUUGAAACUACUCAAGAGCUCAUUGAGCUCGGUUUUUUUUUGCAAAACAUUCUUUUUCAGAUCAACGUUAUCGUCUAUGACUUCACUCCGUCUCUUCUCUCCUCCCAAUUUGACAACGAUCCCACUUUGCUGUGGUUGAAAAGUUUGGCGUACGGUACUUUGGGAAACUAUAUUACUGCUAAUGGACUAGACAAAAGUGGCCCUAAUGCUGAAAACGUUUGAUCUUUUCUUACGAGCUUGAGUAACAAUGUUUGGAAUGCUUGCAGACUAUCACUGAAUUGACAAGCUUGUGGGACCAAGGCUAUCGAAUCGCGGCAGUUUUGUCAAAUGGAACUACCUUCUUGUUUACUACCACCAGUGACAUUUACGUUAGCGCAAGGUUGCGCCUUGAGACAACAGGUUUUUCAAAACAAAAAUUUGGAAGAACCUUGUUGUUUAUACAGAUCUCACAACGAGUGCAGGAAAUUUGACUCCGAUUAUUGACACGAAAAUGUGGAAAUUGUACAAGUGAGACAGUUUUUUGUCUUUAUCGGACGAUUUUUCGAAUUUCUUCUUUUUUCUGAUCACUAAUGAGUAAAAUAUCAUCUCUUGUGAAGGAAAUGUGAAAGUUUCAUGGUCGGCUUAUUGUCAAACUGAUAGAAAUUUUCAAAAAAUUUUCCUGAUAUCUUUCUGCAGUUUUUUUAUUUCAGUCUUUCGGUUUUCUUGUAGUUCUUUUUUUGAAUUUAGAGCCUUUGUUUGAGCAUAAAAAGAUUUUCUAAACUUGGUUUAUAUAUUUUUUUUUUUCUGUAAGUUUACAAGGACUCCGGAUUUCACAGAAAAAAUCAAAGCAAUAGGGGUUUUUUUGAGCUUAUAUGAAAUCUGGAUUUUAUCGAAAACCGAAGUUCUGAUGCAGUUGAAAGCCGGUUUGAAGUUAAUGGAAGGGGCCGCGUAGCGUGUGCAAACGUAGUUCUUGGUAAAAGUUUAAUUGAUGCGUGAUCGACUACUCAAAAAGCUGGGUCAUGGCUUAUUUUUGUCUAUUCUACUAUUUUUUGGUGCAAAAAUGAAAAAAAUCAUUAGUGUAAUAAAGAAAUAAAAGAGCGAUAAACGAGCGAUAAACGAGCUCUCCGGAUGGUCGCUGGCGUUUGAAUUGAGCUGUUUAAAAAACCGCGUACGCGCACUCUACGCGUCAUUCCCUCGCUUGUCAAGUGGGGAUAAAACUUAUUAUAUGAGGUAAUCAUUAGUUUUGCAAGGCUUUUUCUGUAAAGUGUACUCUCAUGUCAACCGUUCCUUAUGCGAUCAUCGUGAUUUUUGGCCAACAAAAUUUACAAAAGUUCCAAUUUUUUAGAUUGACAGUUUCGUCCCAAUAUCUGAACUUGGCUUUCUAUGGUCUGAACGAUGGAGAAAGAGCUACAGUGUACACGAAAGACGCUUUGAAUGUUUAUUCGGCAUUUGUGAAUGACGUCGAAGUCGAUGCCGCUUUUCCCUUAAUCAUAAAAGGUAAAAAAAAACCGUGGAAAGUUGCAUGGAAAAAAGUCGUGGAAAGUCGCUUGGAUUCUUAAGUACCUUAAGUUUCCUUAAGUUCAUUUUUCCAGGAGCAACCUACAGCUUGGUAAUAAGGGCGGAGAACGGCGAGAUUCCAGUUACAUCAGAGACCAUAAAAGUCGGACAACUUUUACCCAACGCUGGUAUAACGUUGAAAAGAAACUUGUCUGACCGACUAAACUGCCAGUUCAACAUAUUCUUUGGUAAUGUCACCUGUAACACGGCCGGUCCGGUUGUUCUUCACGUAAGUUUUGAGAAAACUGUAUUUUUACUUGAAAAACGACGGAGGAAAUAUUUUCUCACACCUUGAUUUAAAAAAAGUUCAAGUUUUCAUAUAAUCCGAUUGAAUUACAGUACCACCCAAAAGGAUGUGAACUUUUGGUUUUUCAGGCCUAGCGCGCUGAAAAAACAACCGAUCUUCAUGAAACUUUUUCUGGAGCUUCGAAACGCUGUUUAAUGAGUUGGUGUACGGUAGUUUUGAGUAUAGAGCGGAAGAAAAUACCGAUGUCGGUUAACGAUACCUCCUCGGUGCCAAGCUGUGAUUAGUUCUCGGGGUUUCGUGACCAAGUAUUAGACUUGUAUAAUUUAUGUACACAGUGAAUUCUUAUAUAAAUGUUGUUAUUUACAAAAAAAUAAAAACUAAAAAGUUCACAACCUUUUUGGGCGGUACUGUAUGUGUGCCAUUAUUUUAACAUCACUUUGAUUUUCAAUGCUCUAACAUUCCUUAUUUCAGUCGUCCGACCAAACGUCUCACACGGCGUCGUUUCCAAUCAUGUGCGCUUCCAAGAUUGGUAUUGAGAAACAAAGAGAAAGAUUAUCUUUCUGAUUAAGAUGCACCAAGAUCUUUCGAGGAACUUCGGAGGUUACCAGAUCAAAGACCUGCCGCUCAAGUUGACGAUGGUAUCUUUUGAAAUCUUAGUUUUAGUUAAUUAUUUUUUCAAGAAACUUGCAACAAUGUUCCUGAGCCUCCGGUCGAAGUACGAGGAUCGAGAAGCUUUGCAAUCGUCAACAGAAAAUGCGAUAGUAACAAAAAGUGAAUAGUCCAAUCAAUUGAGUCAAUUUUCACCUGAAAACAUUUUCAGCAUGACGGAUCAGCUCUUCAGACAGCCUGGAAAUAUUUUCGAAUUACUUGUUCCUUAUUUAAAAUCAAAUGAAAGUUUGUACGAUAACUAUGUUGCUUACAUGGGUAACCUUUACGUAAGUACCCUGAAUUAACUUUAUUGGAAUUUUGUCAUUUCUAGAGGUCUGAUCACUUUGACAUCUUUCUGACAAAAGUUAUGACUAAUCUGGACGACUUUGUUACUUGUGAUGCAAACUGGAGUUUGCCGACCGAUCUCAAAAACACGCUUGGUUUUCUGAAUGAAUAUUCAGGUAAAUUUUCUUGAGCAAAAAAAGUUAUUGUGCUUGGAAUCCGGGAUGUUCUGAUAAUCCCUCGAAGGCCUUCUAAUUGUUUUCAAUAAGGGUUAUGAAUUUCUUAACGGACAGAGCUUCCUGGUUUCAGAGAACAAAGGCAUCAAUCUACUUUUUUCUUUUUUCUUGCGAUUUUUUGUAAUUUUAAAAAGUUCAAUCUUCAAAAUGAAGCCUGUGCAGAUUGAGGUUUUUGAGAUCAACGCAAAAUCUAACCGAUUGGUGGAAUUUCAGAAAUUCCAAGAAAACUGACCGCUAAUUAAUUUUUUUUUUCAGACGUAUUCAUCAUUGUUGAUUCUGCAAUUGAUGGAACAUAUGUGGAGGAAAUUUACAGCAGAAUUUCUGAUAACAGGGCGAAAGUAAGUGAGAUCGCGUAGAAUCGACAAUUAUCUGGGAUUUUUCAAGUUGUACUUCAUAAUACUCGAAUCAAGCACUUACAACGCUUCAACGGACUACAACUUGCUGAAUGAUUUAGCUGUGAGAAGUGGAGGAGUAGUUCUCCGAGUUUCUUCUGUGACCGACGUUGUCAAGGUCGGAUUUUCAACUUAAACUAAAAACUGUAUUAUAGUCUGUGUGCCAUGACUUGAAACUUCACCAAACGACAUUCCGCUGUUCCGCUGCGUUGCGAAGCGUCUUUGCGAACCACAGUCUCGCUUUGAAUUGGUUCUCAUUUCUGAUAGAUGGACUGUUUCACUAGGAACACGUGUUGAUCGAGUUUUUGAAUAAAAUGAAAAACUAGAGGCGUUCAAAGGCACGCAGCGAAACAGAGGAAUGUCGUUCGGUGAAAUCCCAAGUCGUGGUACACAGACUAUAACUCAGCGAAUUUUAUCUUGGCUAUCAAUUGUUUAUCGGUUUGGGAGUCGACUAAGGAAGUUUUUCAGUUCAUCGGAUUACACCUUUCCGAAGGAUGGGUGGCCAAUGACAUUGCGGCUCAUGCUGUCCGACUUCAAACAGUUCAAGGAGUUAAUAUCCCCAACAUUUUGUUGGAUUCAAGCGAGAAGUAUACACUUCUGAUUGCCUACCCUCCUCAGACUUCCAAUUAUCCAAACGGUUUGGUUUUUUCUUGAAUUAUUUGAAUAAUAAGAAUCAAUGAUUAUGUGAUUGGGGGCGCGCCGUAGCGCAACAAGUUGUGUGCCUGUCUAUGGUCCACAGGGUCAAAUGUUCGACCCCCACCUCGACCCAACCAAGGGGUUCAAGAAAUGUUGGUAGUCGGAGACCACGACUUCAAAAUCCCCAGCCUUUACAUACAAGGGCGGAUAUGUCACUGGAGCCAGUCCACUGAUAUCAGGAUAGGACCUCGGCUAAUCGACUUGGGGCGCCGACGUCGCUCAUGCAGUACAAAAGCGUAGGAAGAAAAAAGAAGAUGAAGAAAAAUGAUUGUGUGAUUGAAUAAUUGAAACAUUGAUUAAAAAAAUUAAAUAAAGUGGGUUGAUUUCACGCCAAUUUGAGAAAUUCGAGCCCUGUUUACGUUUAAUUUUUUUCUCAUUUUUAACGAAGCGACAAGUGUGACAGACAAGCCAAACUGUUUCAACACUGGAUAAUUAAAAGGAGCUGUAAAUUUUUCAACAAAUCGUUCAGCUGUUGUGACAUUCAAUCCGGAUACUUGUGGAAACGCAACGUCGUUCACCACUUUCAACGAACUCCAAAUUUUCAACAUAAACGUCGGAACUAGUGGAACUGUGUGUACCUUGACUGUUCAGACGAUCUUCCCCAUGGCUUCGGUAGUUCUUAUUCUUCACUGUUUAUUUUGAUCUAGGAGAAUUUCAGCUCAACGUCGUACUUUUAGCGAAAUCCACGAGUUUUGUGAGUUUAGCUUUCACGAACAGCCCAACGACUGAGUACACCUCGACCUCGAUUUCUUUCGGUAUUCAAAUCGCCGUUAAUUUGGAAAAAAUUUGGACGAUGAAGGUACCGGCGUUUACCCUGUGCUCGCAAGUGUUGACGGCUUCAAUACCAACUCUCAAAUGUUCAUUUCUCAUUUGAACAGUUCAAACUCGGUUUUCUUAUUUUCCCAGGACAAGUCCAAUUGUUUUCUCACAGGAUAUCUACCAAACGAAUGUAUCCCCAGACGAAAGAGGCUGCAACAAUUUCACAAAAAUCGUAGAUUACCAAUGGUUCUGCGACAUUCCCUCGGGUAUUUAUCAUGUUCAGGUGGAUAUUUUUGUUUCUUUUAUUGUGCUCAUAUGACCUGACUCUGUACACCAGUUUCAAAUUUUUGGUUCAAAUUUACAUAUUUCGCUUGUUUCUGAUCGAAAAAUUGAGCUGAACUCAUUAUUGAGAAUGAUAAAAUAUUUAAAUAUGCUGAAUCUAUCGCUAUAUUUUAUAAAAACUGUACAGAUACAUCAAAAAUUUACCUUUUCUCUGCUAAACUUCUGAAGAAUUUUUGUUAAAGUAUCUCAGCUAUGUAAUAAUCGAAUUACGUUGAUUUCGCUUUUCAGAUCAACGCAGAAGUCGGCAGUACAAAAAAAUCGAGGUUUUUCCCGUUAACUUGUCUUGGAGCGGAUAGUGGGAGCUGUAUCAAUGGAAAAGAAGCUGUCAGUUAAACAGCAUUAUCAAAUUUGGGGAGAAAACAACUUUUAACUUUGAAUUUAUUUCAGCCGGAUGACACAUGUAUCUGCAAUGUUGGAUGGACGGGAAACAAAUGUCAAUUGCCCAUUUGUCUUAAUGGAGGUAUUUCCGUCAAUUAUUUACGUUCCAGUAUAUCAAAAAAACUUCAAAAAAGUUCAUAUUUGAAAAAAACUUUGCGAUAUGUAGCUGGAAGAGCUCAGAUCACAUGUUUGCAAAGUAAAUCAGUUUUUCAACCAAUUACUAUGUACACUUUCUUUGUCAGCGUAACCUUGAGACUAAAUAUUUUUUAUGGCAUUUUAGUCCACUUCUCAGAAAUUGGAACAAAAGUUGCAGUUAUGAUGCUCAAAAUUUUGCAUAUAAUAUCUCGGGAAGUGUAAUCUCAAUUUGGCUACUCAUGCGCUGAAUUUUUCGUUCUUUUCUUUUUCGACCUGAAGCAUGAAAGUUGAUACUGCACUGCCGGCUGCGGGACCCUUAAAAAUGUAAAUAAUCUGUUUCGAUUUGAGGAACCGUUACUUCGGCCAAUGUCUGCAACUGUCCCCCUGAAUACUCUGGCAUGUUCUGCGAAAUUUGUAAUAAGAUCAUGAUCAAAGAGUAAAUAAUUUUCCGAAAAUAGGGAAUUCAACGUCAAGCUGUACGAACUCUCCGAACAUCCCGGACUUCCGAAGCGAACUGGGAUCUCUUAUUUUUGUUGUGGACGUUUCUUUGCUGUCUUCGACAAGUUUGUUGGAUUCUGUCCCAGACUUUCCAGGGACACAAAUAGUUGUCCUUUUAUGUUCGUUAGAACUCAUUUAUACAACUAUUUUCACAACAAUGAUUAAGAUGGCAACAGUAUGAAUCCAACUAUCGUCCUCUCCACAACGAACUCCCAACUUCUCAGCGGAGCAUUGACAUUCAACGAAACAGUCCCAACUGGCGGACCAAUUGCAUUGCCUUAUGAGGCCAUUAACAAGGCCCUCGACAGUCAAGUUUGUCGUUUGCUUAAAUUUUUGUAAAAGGUGUACUGUAAAAAUAAGAGGUGAAAGUAAGUCUGAUGAAAUCUAGAGCAUGAUAGGAAAAAGUACUGGGGCGCGCCGUAGCGCAACAGGUUGUGUGCCUGUCUACGGUCCACGGGGUCACAAGUUCGAUCCCCGCCUCGACCCAACCAAAGGGUUUAAGAAAUAUUGGUAGUGGGAAACCACGACUUCAAAAUCCCCAGCCUUUACACACAAGGGCGGAUAUGUCAUUCGAGCCAGUCCCUUGAUUAUCAAACAUCAGGAUAGGACCUCGGCUAAUUGACUUGGGGCGCCGACGCCGCUCAAGCGGUACAAAGGCGUAGGAAGAAGAAGAUAGGAAAAAGUACUCAAAAGUUGCUGAAUGCUUAUAUACCGCUAAUGAAAAAACUUAUCGAACCCGACAAUAAGCUCGAAUAAAGCUUUUAAAAAACCGGAAAUUUUGAGCUAUUUUCUUUUCAUGAUUAUUUUUGCUGCUGAGGGCAGUUUAUUUUUUAACCGAUGUUUCAAAAUUCUCACUCAAAUUUUCGUGGGUUUUUUUCGGGUAUUUUUUUUUGGGCGCUUCACAAAGCCUCAAUUUUGUUUCAAAAAUGCUCCACCUAUAUCUAACUCCUACCAUCUCCGUGAAUUCCGAAUUCGAAUUCGAUUUAAUUUUUGAACACUAUUAGAUAGUACUAAAUCAGUUUUUAUUCUUCAAGUUUUAUUUCAGAUUACUCGACGAGCUCUUGUUGUUCUGGUUUCUCAAAACACUGAUUUUGAUUUCAAUGCCGAUGGUCAAAAAAUGGUCAAUCGGUUAGCAGCUCAACGCGCCGAGUUGAGAAUUUUUGCAAGCAAAAAGUCGGAUGGAGUUUCUCUACUGGGGCUUCUUGGAAACAGCGUUCCAUUCAUCUUCAAAAAAAUAGAAGAUUUCCCAUUGGUGCCUCAAUUGAAGUCUAUGACAUGCAUCUAUUUUUUUAGUACUUCAACUCCUACAUCGUUAAUCUUUUCUCCACGGGAAACCCACAACCGAUCUUGAAUGUCUACGCGAGCGAUGUCGUCAAUAACAGCUUGGAAGUGGAUGUGCAACACGACGACAACGAUAACCAAUGCGUUCUUUUUGUUCAUGUUUUGAAUGGAAAGCAAACUUUGGCCGCAGGUGACCGUUCACAAUUUUCAAGAGUAUAAGACUUAUUAGUUUCAGUGAAUAUAGCUGUAGUCGGAAACGGAUCCAACAUCUACACCUCGAAAAACUGCAAAGGUUUGAUCUCCUCAAGCUGUCCGAAGUUUUUAUUUUUCUUUUUCAUAAACUUGAUAAACGUCCAAAAACUUUUUUUGAGUCAUAGCCUCAAUAACGAUUAAAAUGUGUUCAAGAAUUGUUUUCUAGCGCAAAUCGACCAAAAAAAUCUAACUUUUUUUUUGUGAAAUCCAACGGAUCCGUGGGAAACAACUGUAGAAAGUUUGACAAUAAUCAGAGAACACCUCGAAAAGUUAUGACGCAAAAAAGAAUAUUUUAUAUCAUAUUGCACGGUACUGUAUCUCUGACGAUAUAUUUGGAAAUUGGGGUGAUUUGGAUCAAAGUUUUUUUGAGUUUUUUUGAAUGUUAUAGUUUCGCUUAAUACCAUCACGACUUGAGUAAAAAAAAUCAAAAAAAUUUUUGAAAGAAUUUUUUUUGUGGUUUUUAUCUAUCGAGCGCAUCUUCGCAAUAUUUUUCGGCUAUUUGAGUUGAAAGUUCUGAAUUGAAUGUUGGAAACUGACUCACAUAGACGCUCUUAAUUUUGUUUCAUGAACUAUAUUUUAACGAGAGGCUGAAUUUUAUUGUACUAUGAGAAAUGCCUGACUUUUCAGUUUCUCUGAGAUUUACACAAGAUGAUGCCGCAGUACCAGUCUUUUACUCAAUCGAGAAGCUCAGCAUGUUUAAGGUAAGCACCAAUAAAUUGUUUUCAGUUAAAGGAAAAAAGUAAUAGUUUGAGUGUCGUUACAUUUGUACUUUUUUUACAGUAACAUGACUCUUCUUUUGAAGACUGAUAAAAAAAUAGCUAAAUUACUUCAAAUGUUUCUUCUUGAAAUUUUUUUGAAAAAAAUUUCCUUCUUUUUAUUUUCAUUUGUUUGGGUUCGGACUGAUCUGUGAAUAAAUUAAUUUCAAUUUUUUGCAGAGCGCCUACGGAUUCAGUUCUGACGCAUCUGGCAAAAAUGAGCUCCUGAACACUGGACUAGGGCAGAAAGAAGGUUCAAUCUCGAUUUAUGCCAUAAAUCAGCUCGCCGAUCAAUCGACGCCUGAUCAACGUCCAAAGAUACAAAUCCGACCUUUGUAUUCCAACGGAACCUUUGGAGUUGCUUCUUCUUGGUUAACAACUCGGAAAUCUUCUAAUUGCACCUAUCAGUACUACGCUGUCACUCAGCCUUGUCUUGACAAUAUCGCCUACCAAGCUCAGGUUCUUUUGUUUGAAAAAAAUGAACUGAUAAAAAAAUUUUUUUUUAAUUUUUUUAGUUUGGUCUUGUUUGAUUGAGCAACUUUUGAUCCGAUUUCCGCCAUUUUUUUAUUUUCAGAACCGAAGUGCCGUUAAGCUUUCCUCUCGCAAAUUUCAGUUCAAAAUAUAUAUUUUUUUAAAUAGACAUUCAAAAAAAUUAAAUAAUAUUCGAUAGUGGUUUUGUAUCUUUAGGUUUUGAAGCGUGGCUCUGUUACCGUUACGCGUUGAGCCUUGCAUUUUCAAAAAGAAAACCGAAUAUAAUUCUCAAAAAUUGCAUAUUCAGAUCAUAACGAAGUCGACUGGUGGUUUGAUUCGUCAGCAACAAGUUAUUCUUGCCUGUUCAUCGGCUGGUAAGCCUUAGAAAAUCAACAUCAAGCGAAAUUCAAAUCAACUUAUUGAAGACCGUGAUUGCCUGCAUGGAACGAACCAAAACGGGGAGUGUAAGUGCAACGUGAACUGGCAAGGCAUCGCCUGUUCGGAGCCAAUUUGUUUCAACGGAGGAACUCGGGAUGGAAGUGUUUGCCAUUGCGUCCAGCCUACGACUGGCGCCAACUGUGAACACGGUUUUUAUUAGAAUUAUCAAAAAUUUUGAACGCGCAUUUUUUGUGCUUCGGAUAGAAGAAUCUUGAAUUGUCGUAUCCUCGUCUCACGGCGUUUUUGUUAGUGGAAGAUAUUGCAAAACCCAAAAUUGAGGAGGCGUGAUCAAAACCUCCGCCGUUCCCAUGUGACGUCACGGGAAAAACGCGUAAACAACAGAAAAUAUAAGAAGCGCAUCAAUGGGUCCCGAGACGAAUCUAUUUCUCCUUUAAAAAAACGCAAAUUUCCUGUUUAAUUUUUUUAAAAAACAAAUGGCGUGCGCCAGAGCGCCGCAGUGUAUGCACGCGACACACUACACUUUAUGGAAAAAAAAAUGGGCGGACCGUCGCCAAAAAAACGCCGUGGUCUUACUGAAAAAAAUUAAGUAACUUUGAGAAUCCACCGAAUUUAUGUUCAGAAAUUCAGAGAAAACCUUUUUUAGGAUAGAAUUAACAAAAAUCCAUUUCAAAACUUAGUGUUAACAAAAAUCCAUUUCAAUUAACAAAAAAACUUAGUGUUAACAAAAAUCCAUUUCAAUUAACAAAAAUCCAUUUCAAAACCUAAAAUCCAUUUCAAAACUUAGUUUUGGGGAGGGAAUAUUGUUUGAGCCUUAGUUUGGAGGAAAAUUGAGGGUUAGUUCAAAGUCCAACUUAAGCUGUUUUCAUUAUUUCUUUGUUUCCGGUUCGGCGCCAAUACCGACGACAACUUCUUUUGCACCGCCUUCAACAACGACAGGUGAAUUGCCAAUAAAAUAAUUUCGACCAUGAGCAAAAAUUAUUCCCUGACUGCAAAAAUAAGCGAUUUUUCGUUCCCUUCUUUUUUCAAACAGGUAGAGACUUCCCAAAUAGUGGCUCAACAGUAUUAUUCCUACAUAAAAAAAUCAGGAUCAUUUGGCAAACUGUGCAAAUUGAGAAUCUUCUGGAAUAAUCUGCUUUGUUUCUUGCCACAAUAAUUUUGAACUAUCCUGUAGUUUUGGUAUUCGAAAGAACAUUUUGAUUGGAUUAUGAAUUGUGCAACACAUACAUCUUAUUUCCACCCCUCUAAAAGGAGGUCAAAAAGUUUUAAAACUCCCUGAGUAAUUUUUUUGGAAAUUUUUUUAUUAAGAUGAGGUCUAUCUUCAACACAAAAGGAAAGGUCUUUUUUGUACGAAAUUUUCCGGAAAAUUGCUACUUUUGAAGUGACAGAAAAACAUUUCGGAAAACACGAUCCGCGCAGAUCUUUGGUUUUGGAAAACUGUAUUUUUGGAAUCUAGAAGUUUCAUCAAGCUUGUUGAAAAAAAUUUUAAACUUAUUUGUUUUCUCUUAAAAAAAUGAGACAAUUUUAGUUCAGAAAAUAAGCAAAUCCAACAGUUUGCGGCUUAGUUUCCAAACUUCUAAAAUGCAAAAAAAAAGACCGCUCUCCUUGCAAAACUCUUUCAGUAGUGAUAGCCACAACAACAUCAAACUUGGCAACUACUGCUACACCUUCUCCAACUUCGACCAACACAGGAGGUUGGAAUCCAAUUAUCUAAAAAUUGUAUCUAGUCUCCAUCAACUUUCUGUUUUCGUAAUUAUUCAACUUGAUUAGUACCCAAAACGACCAACCUGCCUACGAUGACUACCAAGAACUCUGCCACCACUACCGUCACUCCGAUACCAACGCCUCGUGUUUUUGUUUUUAUAAUCGAUGUCAUCGGGAGUGACGAAAACGCUUUCAACACUACUUUGGUAUUAUAAAACACUCAAAUAAAAAGUUUAAAAUUUUUUUCAGGAUGCUGUGAACCAAUUUUUCAGUUACUAUGAUCCCCAGACCACUUUGGUGAUGCUAAUUUCGAACAGAGGCAGUGAGCCGUCCCUCCAGUUUGACUAUCAAACAUAUGAUAAGAAGAACAUUUCUGUAUUUGACUCUAUUUUCCGUAAUAUCCGCGAUAGCACGGCACAACCGAAUUUGCAACUGUAUGUUUUAUUUUUUCAAAUUCCGUCAUUUUUUUUCCUUAGAACGUUUGACAUUAUCUACAACUCCACAAAAUCGUCUGAAGACAAGCUUGCCGGAGCAAAAUCUAAGAAUAUUUUCUAUGUCACGCAAGUCGGGUUUGUUAGCAACUUUCCUGACCGCAAAUUGGUUACCGGUCGCAGUAAAAUUUUUUGACAACUUUAACAUAAUUCUCAAUCUUUAGUUUUCGUCAGAACUCUUACUGCGACCGUUGAUCAUUUCUCCGUGACAUAUUGAUUCAUAAAUCUUUUUAGGGGUGACCUUGCCUCAAAAGAUAGUUUGGACAAGCUGAAAACCGAAUACAAAUUCAAUAUGAGGUGAAAUGGUUUGGAGCGACAGAAUGAAAAUUUUGAGCCUACAGUAGCGUGGCAAUAACUCCUUUCAUGAAGGAUGUGAAUGGAACUGUCGAAGCCCAGCUGGAAAACCUCUCACCAGACGUCACAAACACUUACUGGACAUUCCCAGCUGUAGCAGCCAUGGUCGAAUCUGUCUCAGGCGGCCAGACUGACAGACCGUUCAACAGCACACCUCGUAAGAGAAGCUUUAAUUGAGAAAAUUUUAGUUGGGAAUUAAAGUUUCAGAGCGCAGUGAAAAAUGAAGCGAAUCAUGAAACUCCAAAAAUAUGAUUCUAGUAUAUUCAAUUUUUUUCGACUUGGAAGGCAGAGAAGCGGGACGUGUAGCGUUCACGUUCGCGGUUCUUGGCACGAGUUCAAUUCGGCCGCCAGCGACUGGUUGGGAAGCUCGUUACUUGCUCUUUCCAUUUCUUCCUCAUCAUUUAUUGACUUUUUUGUUCAUUGUAAAAUAGAAAAGAUACAAAAAAGCGGUGACCGAGCUUUAAUUUGACAGUGAUGCUUAAAAUGAACUCGUGCCAAGAACCGCGUACGCGCACGCUACGCUUCCCGCCCUCGUCUUUCAAGGCGGCAUGAAUUGACUACGAUUUCCAACAAAAAUUUCCCACAAAACAUCAAGCAAAACGUUUUUUGACAGUCUAAAAUUUCGGAGCGACUAAAAUUCUCUAAUUUUGAAUGAAAAUGUUGUUUAAGCAAGACAGCCUUCGUGCGUCAACGGCUUGCAAGCUAACAUCAUGGUUAUUGCCGAUCUUUCCAAGCCCCGUGUGGAUUCUACCGUUGACCAAGUAAAUUAAUCUAUUUUCUUCACUUCAAACAUAAUCUUUCCAGUUCAAUUCGUUUAUGAGCCUGUUCGUCUCAGGCUUCAAUUCUUUGCUUAAUGACGCCAAUCGCUGCUCGAAAAACUCUCCUCAGCCAGUUCCAACAUAUUACAAAGGCGAGAUCCUUUUCUAAAACUAUUUUUUAUCCCCUAAUUUCAGAGCACUCACUUUUUGCCGGUCUUUCGUUUUUCGAUAAUUACGUUGUUACUCUACCAACUUUCUGUCCCAGUUCAUACAGCCUCGUAGUUGAUAAACGAUUGUCUGAAAAUUCAACUGCAACUUUUAGCCCAUCGUAUUUUUUGCCGUAAUUUGAGGAAACCUGGUAAUAUGUAUUUCAGUGUAGUGUCUGUGAUACACAAUGCAGUCACUAAGACGACUUGUUCAUGUUAUCGAUUGGAAGAUCCAACUACUCAAACUUAUAUUUUGUGGAUGCCUCGAGGAGGGUCAGCAAUUUUUUUUUAUAAACUGCAUUUUUAAUGUUUUUUUAGAGUGCCUUCUGAAGGUUUAUUGGAGCAGUUCACGUCGAACUACACCCAUUUAGUGCUUCCUUUUGGCUAUACACCAACUGUAAUUUCUUCCAAACUCUCGAUUUUCACAACUGUUUAAUAAUUUCAGGUUGGAGACCUUUACUACGAUUUGACAAAGACAAAUAAAAAUCAAACCUUGUUUGGACCCGAAAAUGCUAUAUUUGGUGACGGACAAACGGGCGGUCAGUCAGCUUCGCAGCUUGUCCAACUGGUUUGGACUAGUUUGUGCAGGUAUCUCUUGACUCUUCUGAAUAAACUUUUCUGCUUUGAGAAGAAAUCAAGAUGAUUUUCCAGAUGGGGCGGUUUGAUCACUUUGGAUACGACUGCACAACCGCCUUUUUCAUGUGGGGAAGACGCUGAUUGCUUGAAGUCAUCAACUGAACCUUUAGAGGCUUUCUGAGCCGGAAAGAAAAUGUCAAACUAAUAAAAGUUUAAAAAAUGCGGCUCAGAGGUGCUUUCUAUUAGUCAUCAAAUAGUAUGAUUCGAAAAUCAGAAGUGCAAUCAAAACUUGAAUGUUCAUGCUUGUCAAUAAAUUAUUAUGUUCUGAAAGUAUAAAAUAAACAAAUGAGAGUGGAAAAAAAACGAGUUUCACAAAAUAACUCGAAAAAAAGUUGAACGAAAGACAGAAAUUUUAGACGUUCCACCUCCUACUACCGAAUCUCCUCGAGCUGUACUUUUCAUCAUCGAUGUUGUCGCCUCAGACAAAGCUGUUUUUAACGAAACAAUUGUAAGACUUUUGGUAUUGCGGUAGAGUAGUUCGAAAUAACUACCCUUCAGAGCUGUCGGAAACGGAAGAAUUUCAGAAUACAAUCACAAACUUCAUGAAAAUGUUCAACAUGGCAAUUACCCAGUUUUCCGUUAUCGACAACACUGCGCAGCUUCCGUCUCCUUUUCAACUGUACGACUCAAUUUCUCAUUUUUCGGAUCAGAUAUACAACGACUACUAUUUACUCAUUCCUCAAGCAACGCCUCUUCUCGACAGGUUCCGCUGCAACUCGUCUUGACGUUAUAUCAAUUCUCAGAGUUUUCGACAAUAUUUAUCAAAUGUGUGACCCGAAAAGCCUCUCAAAGGAUUCUGUUCUAGCGCAGAUCAGCUCUCUUUACAACAACAUUUUCUAUGUCACUCAAACUGGGUAUGAGGAAAAUCUGAUUGAUAAAAAAAGAAAAUAUUCAAGAGGUUCUUUCGACAAUUUCCAAACGCUGAGAAGUCUCGAAGGCGUUUACCACUUCAAAACUACGUAAGAUUUGCUAAGGAAGUGCAAAAGGAAGUAAUUUGGAAAACAGUCGAACUUCCCCGUCUCGAGGGGACAUCAAAAUAAAACGGCACCUAGUAAUGCUGAUACCAACUCAAGUAAAAUGUUUCUAUGAAGUCGUAAUAAGUGUGAUACCGGGAAGAUCUCAGCGUAUUUUCAUCGGACCCUUUUGCACUUUUCAUUUCAAAAUCUGAAAAUAAAAAUAACUCGCAGGUCUGUUGGAAUGGCAAGUAAAGGAAACGAAAUACCCGAAAACGUUUAUAAUCAACUGGAAGUCCUGGGCGACGUCAUCAAAGCAGACAAUUGGUAUGACGCUGUGAAUGCGAUGGCUGUCGACGCCUACGGAUCUUUGUACACACCUCCGCCCACCAAAUCCAUGUUUGAAACAUGA